CUCUCACUCUCACUCUCACUCUCACUCUCACAUUUCCAAAACCUUCUCGCACCAUGACCACCACCACUCCCACCGAACCACCCACCCGCAUCCCCAACCUGCAAGACCACGCCCUGAUCGGCUCCGCCGCAAACAUCCCCAUCAACGCGGCGGUCCCCACUCUCACCAUCAACCCGAUCAUCCUCUCGGCCCCCAACCGCAUCACCGACCUACACCUCAAGCUCACCCUCCCCGCAACCGGCCCCAACCUGCCCAUAAUCCUCCUCUCGCACGGGCACGGCGCAUCCAACAACCUCUCCUCGCUGAACGGCUACGGCCCGCUGGGGAACUUCUGGGCCGCGCACGGCUUCGCCGUCAUCCAGCCCACGCACCUGUCCUCCAAAACCCUCAACCUGGGCAGCGAAAAGAACACCUCCGAGCCACUCUUCUGGCGCUCUCGCAUCGAAGACAUGAAAACGAUCCUGGACCGGCUCGACGAGAUCGAAUCCUCGUUCCCCGCCCUCCUCCAGGGCCGGCUGGACCACACCCGCAUCGCGGUAGCGGGUCAUUCCCUCGGCGGACACACGGCGGGCAUGCUCCUCGGCGGGAAACUGCUCGAUCCCAUCGACAAAUCCCCCGUCGAGAUGUCCGAUUCCCGCAUCAAAGCCGGCAUCUUGCUCGCCGCGCCAGGGAACGGAGACGGGGGCGAAAGCGUCACGCCGAUGGUGAACGAACGGUUCGGGUUCUUCACCGACUACAGUCUACGGGAUAUGGCCACGCCCACGCUGGUGGUCGUCGGGGAUAAUGACGCGUCGGGACAUCUGACGACUCGUGGGGCAGCGUGGCAUAUGGAUGGGUAUUAUACUAGUCAGGGGCCCAAGGCGCUGCUUACUCUGGUCGGGGGCAAGCAUGGGCUCGGUGGGGUUUCCGGGUAUGAUACCGCGGAGGCGGCGGACGAUGAGAGUCCGGAGCGGUUGGCCGUCGUGCAGCGGUUGAGUUGGGCGUAUUUGCGCACUGUGUUUGAUAUUCAGGAUGAGGCGUGGAACGAGGCUUGUCGGGCGCUUGAGGGGCUCCCUGCUCUUGGGAAAGUGGAGGUGAAGUGAG